CCUGAAGGCAAGAUUGAAUUACCACCAUCCUUGAAAAUUUAUACCUGGAAACGUCCACAGGAUAUUAUAUUUCAUCGGACUCCGGUAGUUGUGAAAAAUGAAAUCAUGUUUGACUUGUUUUCAGCAAAUGAACAUUUACUCGGCAGUGAGCUGAUGAGAUGGAUUAUCAGUGAAAUCUAUGCAGUGUGGAAGAUAUUUAAUGGAGGUGCUCUGAAUAAUUAUUUUAAAGGAAAUCCAAGUGAAUCUCCUGUUCUCGCCUGGAAGCCUUGGGAACACAUAUAUUCUCUAUGCAAAGCUGUGAAGGGUCAUAUGCCUUUGUUCAAUAGCUAUGGGAAGUAUAUUGUCAAACUGUACUGGAUGGGUUGCUGGAGAAAAAUAACUAUUGAUGACUUUCUGCCAUUUGAUGAAGAUAACAAUCUAUUGCUUCCAGCUACAACCUAUGACAUUGAACUCUGGCCAAUGCUAUUGUCUAAAGCUAUCAUUAAGCUGGCAAACGUCGACAUCCAUGUAGCAUACAGAAGAGAACUGGGGGAGUUCACAGUCAUUCACGCACUCACAGGGUGGUUACCAGAAGUCAUUUCUCUUCACCCAGGGUACGUGGACAAAGUCUGGGAGCUCUUGAAAGAAAUAUUGCCUGAAUUUAAGCUUUCAGAUGAGCCGGGCUCUGAAAGCAAAACAACAGUGAUUGAUAGCAAAUUAAAAGAACCAGGAAAAGAAGCAAAAGACGGAAAAGAGGUGAAAGAAGGAAAAGAAGUGAAAGAUGGAAAAGAAGGGAAAGACUCCAAAGAUACCAAACAGGAAAAUUCACUGACAGCGCUCAAAGUGCCUGAGAAAAGUGACAAAGUUCCAAAGGAGAAAGCAGAUGUAAAAGACCUUGGGAAGAAGAGGAGUAAAGAUGGAGAAAAGGAAAAGGAAAAAUUCAAAUUCUCACUUCAUGGUUCAAGACCCUCAUCAGAUGUGCAAUACUCUCUGCAGUCCCUAUCAGACUGUUCUUCAGCAACACAGUCCCCUCACAUGGUCGUAUAUGCUACCUUUACUCCUCUCUAUUUGUUUGAAAAGAAGAUCUUUUCAUUGGAGAAGAUGGCAGAUUCUGCUGAGAAGCUUAGAGAGUAUGGACUCUCCCACAUCUGUAGCCAUCCUGUGCUGGUAACUAGAACUAGGUCUUGUCCUCUUAUAGCACCACCAAAAUCACCUCCCGUACCUCCCUGGAGGCUCAUUCGUCAAAAAAAGGAAACUGUUGUGACAGAUGAAGCUCAAGAACCAGUAAUGAAGAAACCUGAACAGUUUCUUGAGAUUUCAAGUCCAUUUUUGAAUUAUAGAAUGAAUCCUUUCACAAUUCCGACAGAAACGCAUUAUGUACGAUCUUUCAUUAAGAAAGGGAUGCCUCCAGCAUCUGGUUUAUCUACCCUCAAUGAGAGUGAUGAAACUGCAAACCUUAGCCUGGCAGACUUGAAUCAAUUAACAGGAAAUAUAUCUCAGGGCAAUGUUGCUUCACAAAUUGUACUUGGAAAAGACGAACAAACAGACCUUGGACUGAGUGACCCAUCACAUCCACCUGAAGGAAUGAGUUACCAAGAUUUUGUCACACAGAUGGCAGCAAUACAAGAUAAAUCGCAGGAAGAGUUUACAUCAAUAAAUACCACUGUUUCUAAAGAAAUAUGGUUAGAUUAUGAAGACUUCUGUGUAUGCUUUCAGAAUAUAUAUAUUUUCCAUAAGCCAAGCUCAUAUUGUCUUAACUUUCAGAAAACAGAAUUUAAGUUCUCAGAGGAACGUGUUUCCUACCAUCUAUUUGUGGAUAGUCUAAAACCGAUUGAACUGCUGAUUUGCUUUUCUGCAUUGGUUCGCUGGGGAGAAUCUGGAGCCUUAACAAAAGACAGUCCUUCCAUAGAGCCUGGACUACUUAUAGCUGAAAUGCCUUCUUGGAAAUCUCUGAAGGCACGCAACCUUCUUGUGAAGAUUCAUACAUAUGCUACCAAGGCCACAAUGGUUCGCCUGCCUGUUGGGAGACACAUGCUGCUCUUCACUGUCUAUUCCCCAAUAGGACAUUCCGUACAGAUCUGCAGCAUGGUGAAUUUUGUCGUUGGUGAUGAAGAUACUGUGCUGCCCAACUUUGAGCCGGAGAGCUACCGAUUUACAGAUCAAGCUCUAACAAUUAUGAAAGCUAUUGGAAAUGUUAUUGCUAAUUUCAAAGAUAAGGCUAAACUUAAUGCAGCUCUGAAGGAUUUGCAAGCAGCUCACUACCCUGUGCCCCUCCAGGAUAAAGAACUUACUGCUCAACACUUCAAGGUUUUUCAUACUUCUUUAUGGCGUUUAAUGAAAAAAAUUCAGGCAGUGAAAACUUCUUCAAACUUAAAGUUUGCAUUUCGUGCUCUGAUUUUGGACUUGGAUUUAUUCGAUUCCUCACUAGAGGAGGCCUCUUUGGAAUGGGUAGAUGUUAAAUAUUCUUCACCUGCAUGCGAGAGACAGUAUUCUCCUGAGGAAGUAGCAGCAGCAGUUAAAAUUCAGUCCAUGUGGAGAGGAGCUUAUGUUAGAUUACUAAUGAAAGCCAGAAUUCCAGACACAAAGGAAAAUAUCAUUGUUUCAGAUACUCUUCAAAAAGUUUGGGCUGUACUGGAAAUGAAUAUAGAACAAUAUGCAGUUUCUCUCUUAAGACUAAUGUUUAAAAGCAAGUGCAAGUCUAUUGAAUCCUAUCCUUGCUAUCAAGAUGAAGAAACAAAGCUUGCUUUUGCUGACUAUACCGUGAACUAUCCAGACCAGCCACCAAAUUCUUGGUUUAUAGUUUUCAGAGAAAUAUUUUUGGUUCCUCAAGACAUGAUUGUGGUCCCCAAAGUAUAUACUACCCUUCCAGUCUGUAUUCUCCACGUUGUUAAUAAUGACACAAUGGAGCAAGUGCCAAAGGUGUUCCAAAAAGUGGUACCUUAUCUCUAUACCAAGAACAAGAAGGGAUACACAUUUGUAGCUGAAGCAUUUACAGGUGAUGCAUUUGUAUCAGCUUCAAGAUGGAAACUGCGCAUCAUCGGUUCUUAUACUCCACUCCCAUGCCUCUCUCGAGACUAUCUAAGUAAUAACUUUGCCAUGAAAGAAAUCAGAGAUUACUACAUACCCAAUGAUAAGAAAAUUUUAUUCAGGUAUUCAGUUAAAGGUGCAUUACCACAUCCUGUUACAGUACAGGUACGCACAUCCAAAGCAGAUGCAUUCGUCAAACUACAGAUCCUGGAAAAUGAAGAAUCUAUUGUGAGCGCCAUUGGGAAAGGCCAAGCUAUAAUUCCAGCAUUUAACUUCUUAGGGAAUGAAAAAGAUUUGAGCUCCCAGUCUAGCAAGCAAAUUCUUUUUACUCAUACUCCCUCCAAGAAAGAGCAAGAAUCAUGUAUGAAGAAGAAAUCGGCCAUAGGAAGUCAGAAAUCCUAUAAGAGUAGACCUGCAAGUGCAGUAAUAGACAUUGGUCCGUCUAUUGUGGAUGAUGAAAUUGUCAAUAUGCCCACUAUAGAUGAAAAUCCUAGCACACCACAGCAGGCAUACAAGUACAUUAUACAGUGUUUGGUGUUGUAUAACAGUUGGCCUCUCACCGAAAGUCAGCUGACAUUUGUUCAAGCACUAAAAGACUUAGAGAAAAAUGAUAUCAAAGCUCAUGCAGAGAAACAUGAGGAAUCAAUUACCUUGGGAAGCCCGGAUUCCCAUACUAUUAGCGAGGGACAAAAGUCUUCAGGGACUUCCAAAACAAGGAAAGGCAAAGAAAAGUCUUCUGAGAAAGACAAGACAGCCAAAGAAAAACAAGCACCUCGGUUUGAGCUCCAGAUGCCUGCUGCUCAUUCUCAACAAGACGACCCAAAUAAACCCUACUGGGUUUUGAGGUUGGUCACUGAACACAGCGAAGCCGACUUACUUGAAGUGAAAAAAGAUACAGAGCGAGCCGAUGAAAUCCGAGCCAUGAAACAAGCCUGGGAGAUAACUGAGCCAGGAAGAGCAAUCAAGGCUUCUCAGGCUCGUUUGCAUUACCUCAGCCGGUUCCUUAAGAAAACGACUGAUGCUGAGGGUGGCCCAGUGGGUGAAGGUCAAGUUAAACCAGUGGAAGAAGAAACGCCUGGAAUUAUUGUAAAGGAGCUAGACACAAAGAGUUCUGUGAGUUCAGAGGGCAAAGAGUUCGCCCCAGCAGGGAGCAUGCUGUGGAAGAAGUGGCAGUUGAACAAGAGCGUAAAGGACCUGCCAAAAGCCCUAAGCAGUGAAAGCGGAGGUGCAGCAUUCUCGGCAGUGAAGGAGGAGCGUGAGCAGAGCGCACGCAAGGAAAAUAUCAGUAAGUAUUUCUCUUAUUGGCAGGAUACAUGUAUACUUUGAAAUGUAAGUUG